CCUUCAGAACUACAUCCGUGGACGCUCUUUCUCACUGACAUCGAAAGACCUUUCCUCCGCAAUCCAAUGAAGGAGUCGUAUCAGCCAAUGGUCCUACAUCGGCAUCCGUGAGCCGCUGGCUGGACCCGGACCAAACCUGUCGUGUCUUUAAAACGUCUUUUAUUUUGAAGGAGGACGUUUUUCGCCUUCAUUGACCAUAAGAAAGAACUCCGCGCUUCCAAUCUGCUAUGUAUGUUUAGACAAUAUCUCUGUAAAUCCCGCGAUCAACAUAUCUCCUCCCAUAUUCGUCCUGCCCAAACCCGGGUACUCCCAUCGAACCCUAAGAAUGCAUCCCAACGCAGUCAUGCUGGCGGUGGUCCUUUUUGGAAACUUGAUGUUGCAAUAUGUCUCAUCUCAGAACGCUGGGUUUGUGAAAUCGCCCAUGUCUGAGACAAAGCUCACAGGGGACACCUUUGAGCUGUACUGCGAUGUGGUCGGUAACCCCACCCCGGAGAUCCAGUGGUGGUAUGCCGAGAUCAACCGCGUCGACUCCUUCAAGCAGCUGUGGGAAGGCGCUCGCAAGCGUCGCGUGUCCAUCAACACAGCCUACGGUGCCAACGGUGUGAGCGUGCUGGGCAUCACGCGCCUCACGUUGGAGGACUCUGGGACCUACGAGUGCCGGGCCAGCAACGACCCGCGGCGCAACGACCUGCGCCAAAACCCCGCCAUCACCUGGAUCCGUGCCCAGGCCACCAUUACCGUGCUGCAGAAGCCAAAGAUAAAUUCAUCCGACCAGAUCGUCUUGACCCCCACGCCUCAUGGCACCCCCUCCACCUCCGCCAUUCCCGUCACUGUGUUGUGUAACUUGACCAAUGCCCACAACACCCACCACGAGAGCUUCUGGAUGAAAAACGGUGUUGAGAUUGCAGAUACGAGGAGCAAGGUGAAAAACACAGAGUACAGGAUCAAAAAACCAAGGGCAGAUGACGCCGGGGAGUACAUGUGUGUUUAUACGUUUGAAUUGGCGCCAAACGCCAACGCAACCAUUGAAGUGAAAGCUCCGCCAGACAUCACAGGCCACAAGAGGAGUGAGAACAAAAACGAAGGGGAGAGUGCUCUGUUGUACUGUAAGUCUGUAGGUUACCCCCACCCAGUCUGGACGUGGCUCAAACUCGAUGGAAGUGCUUAUGUGGACCUUGACAACUCAUCUGGCAGAUUUUUCAUCACUAACAAGGACAACUACACAGAGCUGAAUAUAAUCAACUUGGACAUCAGUACGGACCCCGGUGAAUACCGGUGCAAUGCCACCAACGUCAUUGGCACCACAGCCGUGUCCUCCAUCGUGCGGGUUCGCAGUCACCUAGCGCCACUCUGGCCUUUCCUGGGCGUGCUUGCAGAGAUCCUCAUCCUGGUGGUGAUCAUUGUGGUGUAUGAGAAACGCAAGAGACCAGAUGAAGUUAUGGAUGAUGAUGAACCAGCUGGACCAAUGAAAACAAAUUCAACAAACAACCACAAAGACAAAAAUGUUCGCCAGAGGAAUUUAAAAUAAGAUGCUAAUUGCUGUGAUGAGAUGACUAACUGCAUAUCUUGACCAUAUGAAGGUAUCAGAGGAAGGAGCAACUGGAAAUUCCUAAUGAAGCACAUAUUUCUCCUCUUGUGACGAGAAACAAUAAUAUCAGCACAACACUGGCAGAAACGAACAAAAUGGCUGUCUUAAGCAUGCCUUGUUCAGUCUUACAAGCAGAUUCCUGGGAGAAGAUGACUAAAUCCACCAUGAAGGUGUACACAUUUUUUUAAGUGUGCUGUUGAUGUCUUUUAUUAAUUUUACCAUGUCCUCAAAGAGGUGAUCCUUUUUGUAUUACAUAUCAUGUAAAAUGCAUGCAAGAUUAUUACGCAAUAGGAUGCUCAGAAUAGACCUUUCUGUUGUUUUCCCUCAUGUUCGUGUGGCUUUUUGCGUCAAGAUGAAUUAUGUUUUUUAAUGAAAUCGUCCUAAAUGAAAAAUACUGUUAUAUUCUUGAAGAACUUUGUACAGACCAUCGUCAUUUAACUAUGUUUGAAUUUUUUGUGAGGGGGAGUCCACUCUUAACAGAACUUUUAUGAUGAAGCAAGGGCUUCGAUGACUGGCAGUAUUUAGUUGAGAAUGAUAACAACAUUUACUACUAUGUAUCAAACUAGUUAAAUAAAAUGGCAAUUAAGUGUUUUCUUUUUUCCAGAGUAACUUAGGUGUCUUGUAUAUGUUGCGGUAUGAGUGUUCAAAUGAUAGCAAAUCUGUAAAAAAAAUAUUAUAAUAAUAUCAAUUUUAUAUUUCCCAAAUUAUCUAAUUCAUUUUUAUUCAUUUAUUUUCUGAAAUUGUACAGCAUGGCUAUUAUCCUAUGCAAUAUGUAUUCAUAUAGAUAUAUUGAAGGCAGUUUGUUUUUUCUCAGUCAAGCUUUAAUAUUGUGGGAUCACUUGGAAGCUGGUAUAGCAAAAUGCACUGCUGUAGCUGCAUGAAUCCUCUCUAUCAAUACAGUGUAUCCAUGUGUGUUGCAGUGCAAAUGGACCUACAUUAGGGUGGGAAUGGAGGAGCUACGUAUAUAGCCACGAUUAAACAUAUGAGACCAAUAAUUUUUUCAGAAUAAAAAAAGCUCCAAAAAUCA